AAAUGUCAGUAAUUAUUACAUUAAACACCGCGAGCUUACAAAACAAAUCUAGAAUAUGCGUGAUGUUCAAAAAUUGAAAGAUUUAGCGAAUAAGCUAAGAAUUUUAACGAUAUAUGCUACAAAACAAGCUAACAGUGGGCAUCCAACAACGUGUUCCUCAAUUGCAGAAAUAAUAUCCGUUCUAUUCUUUCGUGUUAUGAAAUAUACUACUCCAGCAAAAAAUCCUUCAAAUGACAGACUAGUUCUUUCUAAAGGACAUGCUGCACCUAUCCUUUAUGCUGCAUGGACUGAAGCUGGUUAUUUUAAAAAAUCAGAUUUAAUGACAUUACGACAAUUUGGCUCUCCAUUUGAAGGACAUCCCACGCCACGGCUAAAUGCAAUUGAUGUCGCUACUGGUUCACUGGGUCAAGGUGCAUCAAUAGCAGCAGGAAUGGCGUAUGUUGGUAAAAACGUUGAUAAAGCUGACUAUAAGGUAUACUGCAUUAUAGGCGAUGGGGAAGCAGCUGAAGGAUCGAUUUGGGAAGCAUGCAACUUCGCUAGUCAUUACAAGUUAAAUAAUUUAUGUAUUAUUAUGGACGUUAAUCGUUUAGGGCAAACAGGCCCAACAAAUCUUGGACAUAAUCUAGAUAUUUACGAAAAAAGAUUCUCUUCCUUUGGAUUUCAUACCGAAAUUGUGGAUGGUCAUUGUGUAGAAAAGUUAAUAUGUGCUUUUGAUAAUAUUAAAGAAGUAUGUGACAAACCUAGUGUAAUUAUUGCGAAGACUUUAAAAGGUAAAAAUUUUUUAACGUGCGAAGACAAUCCCAGUUUUCAUGGAAAAGUAUUAGGAAAACAUACGGAUUCAGUUAUAUGUCACCUUGAGAGCUUGAUAUGUGAUAAUAAUGUAACACCACCUGAAAGAUGUGAACCGUCAGUUAAAAUUCAAGAAAUUAAUUGCUUUGAUAACAAAUUAUCUGAACCACCUUGUUAUAAACCUGACGAACUCGUAGCUACGCGAUUGGCUUAUGGUACUGCUUUAGUAAAAUUGAUUAAAGAGAACGAGAGAAUAUUAGCAUUCGAUUGCGAUACAAGUAAUUCGACAUAUGCUGAGAAAGUAAAGUUUGAGCAUCCAAAAAAUUUCGUAGAAUGUUUCAUAGCAGAACAAAAUAUGGUUGGAGUUGCAAUUGGAGCUGCUUGCAGAAAUCGUACGGUCGCUUUCUGUUCUUCAUUUGCGGCAUUUUUGACUAGAGCAUUCGAUCAGAUACGCAUGGGUGCUAUUUCUCAAUCUAAUGUAAAUUUUAGUGGUUCUCACUGCGGUGUGACUAUAGGUGCUGAUGGUCCAAGCCAAAUGGGUUUGGAAGAUAUUGCUAUGUUCAGAUCUAUUCCCGGCUGUACUAUAUUUUAUCCCAGUGAUGCAGUUGCUUGUGAAAGAGCUGUAGAGUUAGCAGCUAAUACGAAAGGAAUGACCUUCAUUAGAACAACACGACCUAAAACAAAAAUGAUAUAUCCCAAUAACGAAAAAUUCGAAAUAGGAAAAUCAAAAGUUAUUAAAGAAUCUGAAGAGGACAAAGUGUUAAUAAUAGCAGGUGGUAUAACCAUUCAUGAAUCACUUGGUGCUUAUUGUGCGUUAAAAAGGUUAGGAAUUAAAGUGAGAAUUAUGGAUUUGUUCACAAUCAACCCUAUAGAUAAAGAAGGAAUUAUAUGCAACGCGCAACAAUGUCACGGAAAAAUCUUAACCAUCGAAGAUCAUUAUGCAACAGGCGGAUUAGGAGACGCGGUGUUGUCAGCUGUAGCUGAGGAAAAAGAUAUUAUUGUUAGAAAAAUAGCGGUAAAAGAAAUAGCUGGUUCAGCAUCACCUCAGGAACAACUGGAUUUUGCUGGUUUAUCUAGCAACUUUAUCGUUGAGGCCGUGAAAAGAUUCGCCGGCUGCUCUUAAAACGUGUUGCUUUUAAUACGAGGCUAUUAUGCGUAUUAGCCCAAAGGUACAAUCUUUCUCACAAAGCGACCCUUCAUCUUGAUACUUCUAUACGAAUGCAGUCCAAUCUUUUAACUCCGUGAUAGCGCCGUAAAUAUUAAUGUAGUUAUUAGUGGAGGUCACAAGGUCUAUUUUAACCGGAAAAUUAGUAACAGUUUUAAUUGAAAGUGGUUUGAAAAAUUAUUUGAUUAAUCGAUGUUUUCAGAAAUAUUGUAAUAACAUUUUUUAGUUCUUAUAGAAGAGAUAUUGGGAUAAUAAAACGUGGUACAAUAUA